CUUGAAUUUAAAAAAAAUUGCAAAUCAUUUAUUUACAUUUAAAAAAGUUGUGUCAAAGUAUUAGAAAGCAUAAGACAACAAAUUUGAUCAAGGCAUAUUAAUAUAAAAUAUAUAAGAGAAAAAGGAACUUUUUUAAAGAUGUGUGCGACAAGUUUCAGAAAUAUGCUACUCAGCUGCUGUCUAGCCCUAGUGCUGACCACAAGUCAAGCACUGCCACGCUACAGUAAAAACUCGUACAAGAGAAACUUUGAUCUGAGUGGCGCCAGCAGCGAGACCAUCCUUGCCUAUGCGUCCAAGCCACAACCGCCCAUGACACUGACGGACAACUACAACUUAAUCAGGCCCGAUUAUUACGAUCACCAUCCGGCGGAGUCAAUGCAGCUGCAAAACUUUGCAAACUUCUAUGAGGCUGAAAUGAGCCCGGGCGCCGAUUUGGGCAUGGAUGAGUCACAGUUUCUGACCAGUACGCCCGUGCGCGAGCCACAGCCGAUCAAUGCCGAGGAGCUGCUUAUACGCAAGCAGCUGCAUCCGGUGGACAUUAGCCGGGAGAAGAAGGCCCUGCAGAAGCUGAAGAAGGGCGACACGAAGCCGCGUGGCGCUGACUAUGCGGAAUGGGAUCAAUUUGAUUAUGAUCUUUAUAGCGUCAAUCCCGGCGAGAACAAAAAGUACAAUAACGAUUUCUAAAUCUGGCAGCGUUUUCGGCAAGUUUCUUGUUAUUUCCGAAUUUGUUUACUUACGUUUGU